AUGUGCGCCGCCCCGGGACGUGUCAUCCGGGAGCUGGGGGUCAGGCAACGGCGACGCCAGGAUGUUGGACCUCUCGAGCCAACUCAAAAAGACGACCAAUGGUCGGGGGCGAAGCCAGACGCGCGGGGAGGAUUUAGGGUCGGCAGCGCUGAUGCUGCUGCUGCUGCUGCGCUGGCAGCGAGCGAGCUAGAGCUGGGGACGCCGACGGGCAGUGGGGGGAAGAUGCGACGAGAGGGUCAGCUGCGCAUGAAGCCGACGGCGGCGCCGCAAAAGUUGGAAUGGCAUUGCCUGGGACCAACCCAGCCCGGACAGCAACCAGGACAGCAAGGGCCAGCGAUCAGACGGAGUCGUUCGCAAGAUGCCAAACACAGAGGAGACAGGGAGUGCACGCGUCACGAGUCAAUCGAGGGCGAAGAGCAGCCCGAGUCCCCAUCGGUUCGCUUCAGGGCAGCGGGGCUGAGCCAGGGCGCGGAAGGAGAGAGCGGGCCUCACCCCAGUGGUGUUGUGGAAGGCGAGGUGCAAGCAACCCAGCACAACGUUCGAGUCAUUAAUGGAUGCCCGGAAGAAGAAAAUACGUUGGUCAUCUUGUGA